AUGAGUCUGGACCAAAAUCUCUUCACGCUCCUUCUAACACCAAAUACCUCUGACUCGAGUGGACUCGUGACCGACCUCACCGAUCCUUCGGGGAACGUACACUACCGCAAACGACGCAUACCCGGGCAAGUCUAUAAAAUCGAGGUGUAUGACCCCAUUUCAGAAUCCUUGCUCGCCUCUGCUACGUCUCCCAGCGCGACGAGUAAACAUAAAACGAUAGAAUUAUACAAUCCCUCCAAGGUCAUCGAGCUGAAAUAUACCGGCACCCUGUCUUUCCGAUGGUCCUUCAAAUGGGAGGAACACGAAUUUGAGUGGAAGCGAGAGGAGUGUUUCAUGAUCAGAAAGCCCGACCCACCUGUUAUGGUUGCGAUCACCAAGGAGCCUCCGGGUAGAAUAAAGACAUCAUCCGUCCAAAUUCUAGAUUACAAUCUCAAUAGGUUUGAUAUAGAUGAUCGAAAAGGGCUGGAAAUCGUCAUCUUGACUGCAUUGCUUACCUUUCAAGAUGCUAGUGAUCAGUAUCACCAGUCACCCAACGACAACAACGCGACAUCAUCACCUGCUGCUCUUGCUACAGCUACUUCAGCUCUAAAAUGCUUUACAGACAAGACUGCGCGAAAGGUGUCAGGCGGACCUACACCUUCUCCACCAGUCCCACCACCAAAACCCGCCCCAAAAACAGGUGUCGAAAGGGUUGCCGAAAUCCAGGCAUCCACUGGCAGAGGCGAAGUCAAUGAAGUGUUCGUCAUUGACGAGUGUUCCUUCAAGGAUUACGCGCGAUAUUGUGCACGGAUGCUGCAGGACGAAGCGAUGCUUUUUAUCUCCAUACGCUCUGCAGGCGCAUCCCAGGUUCCCAAAGUGUUGCAAGUAGUCGAAGAGACGAAACGCUUCCGACACAAAGCGGGUAACCGUGUAGGCCAUGAACAACUUCAUCAAUAUGUUCUGUAUGAUACGGCACAGAUACCACGCAGGGGUCCGACAACUGUUAAUCUGGACGACAACAAAGACAAAGCAAAGGGCAAGAAUUAUACUCCGCCGAGCAACAUCGUAGUCCAUCUAGGUAAAAUCGAUAUGCCCGAGUUACAGCCGAGGAGAACUGUUCCCAUACGCCCCGGAGAAGGACGGACAGGCGCAGCAAAAGAGCGAACAAAGGAUGGGAAGAAUAAAGAUUCCCACAAGGACAAAGAAAAGAAAGUAAAA